AAGAUGUAAAUCGCUGAGGAUAUCUAUUAACUCCACCCAAGCAACACAACCAAAGAGGCUCCUCGAGCGGCCCCUGAAAACCAAAGACUAAGUGCCUAGAGCAUAGAGAGGUUGCCUUUUACAACCUCCAAGUGAGACAACCUACAUAAGACAAGCAAUGACUGCCAAUAGCCUAUUGGGACGCUCCUUACUCAAUGAAGGACGUUCCAACAAACGUUCGUUAGUCUCACUGAUUGUCGGCCUGGUCGUUGGCUUCUGCCUGGCCGAGCUGUUUGUCUACUCAUCCACGCCGGAACGUGGCGAGUUUGCGCCCUACGACGGCCAUCGGCACGGCGAUGUCAACGACGCCCAUCACAGUCACGACAUGCUGGAGCUGUCCGGCCCCGAACAGGAUAUCGGCACGCACGAGCACUCAAAUGAGAACACAAGUAUUGCCGAGAAAUUGCAUAGCGAAGUGCGCAUUCUCUGCUGGAUUAUGACAAAUCCCUCCAAUCACAAGAAGAAGGCGCGCCACGUGAAACGCACCUGGGGCAAGCGAUGUAAUAAGCUGAUCUUCAUGAGCUCAGCCAAGGAUGAGGAACUGGAUUCUCGUGAUGUGAAUGGGCGUGGUCGCAUGUUUCCCUUUGCACCGGAGCAAAUAUUAAUACCCUACAAGGAUCCCAAUUUUUGGUACUGGAAAUAUCUCUACUAUAAGACAGACGAUGGUCUCGAUUGCUGUUCGGAUAAUGCGAUUUCUUUUCACUAUGUUCCGCCCAAUUUCAUGUAUGUGCUAGACUAUUUAAUCUAUCAUCUGCAUCCCUUUGGGGUGAUCAGAGCGCAGCGUUUGCCCGCCAAACUAAAAGUGGGUGAGCUCUUGCCCGCGCCGAGGGAGGAGGUCGCCAACAGCAAUGAGGACUCUAUGGAUGAUGAUGAUAGGAUAAACAAAACUACAAUGAACGAAACUCAAACUGAACCCGAUGCGAGAGAAGUUGAGUAAAGCGAGAGAAUUGUG